CAAAGCAAAGCAAACGGUGGCCUUUCUAUCAUCGCAAGCCAAAACCUCAUCCAAGAAUGACUCUGCUUCAUACAUCUCUCCGUCACUCCAUUCCCUCGUCCCUCCUCUCUCCCUCGACCCAAAACACCCACCACCACCGCGCCCGGUUUAAACCUCGAGCAUCAUCAUCAUUCCCGCAACCGAACCCCAAAAUUUCCGGCGUCAUCGUUAUCGGAGCUGGCCUCGCCGGUCUCGCUGCUGCCACGCACCUGAACUCCCAGAACAUCCCCUUCCUCCUCCUCGAAGCUUCCGACGCCGUUGGCGGCCGUGUCCGAACUGACAAAGUUCAAGGCUUUCUUUUGGACCGCGGUUUCCAAAUCUUCAUCACCGGCUACCCUGAGGCCCAAAAACUCCUCGACUACUCAGCCUUAAACCUUCACAAGUUCUACUCCGGCGCUCGCGUUUAUUACAAUGGCCAGUUCCACACCGUCUCCGAUCCUCUGCGCCACUUCUGGGACUCCUUACAAUCACUCGCAAACCCCAUUGGGUCCAUUCUCGAUAAAUUACUGAUUGCGUCCACGAGGAUUCGCGUUUUGAGCAAAUCCGACGAGGAAAUUCUCAGUUCGAAGGAGGUUUCCACCAUUGACUUGUUGAGGAAGCUCGGGUUCUCUGAUUCCGUAAUCGGUAGCUUCUUUCGCCCUUUCUUUGGAGGGAUUUUCUUCGAUAAAGAGCUCGAUACGACGUCGAGAUUGUUCGAUUUUAUCUUCAAGUGCCUUGCUCUCGGCGACAAUACUCUUCCGGCGAAUGGCAUCGGAGCUAUUCCCCAACAACUGGCUGCGAGAUUGCCUCCCAAUUCGAUCUUGUUGAAUUCGAAGGUCGUCUCCGUCUAUUUUGAUGAAUCGGUUUCUGAUUCUGCUUCGCCUAGUGUGAGGCUAGAGAACGGUGAAGUUUUUAGGAGCGAGCAUGGUGUCAUAGUGGCGGUUGAAGAACCACAAGCCGCUAAGCUUUUGCCGGGAAGGAGCGAACCGGUGAAGCAAAAACCGGCUCGAAGUACGGUUUGCUUGUAUUUUACUGCCGACAGGGCUCAAGUUCCGGUAGGAGACCCGGUAUUGUAUCUUAACGGGUCGGGCAAUGGCAUUGUGAAUAACAUGUUCUUUGCCACAAAUGUGGCUCCGUCGUAUGGUCCACCCGACAAGGCCCUAGUGUCGGUGUCGUUGAUCGGUAUGUACGAGGGCGUGUCGGAUGACGAUCUGACGUCUGAGGUUGUUCGUGAGCUCUCGGGGUGGUUUGGCGCUCCAAUGGUGGGGACGUGGAGGCAUUUGAAAACGUAUCGGAUCGGUUUUGCACAACCGAAUCAAUGCUCGCCAACUGAUUUGAUGAAAAAUCCUAGAUUUAGGUCGGGCGUGUACGUCUGUGGUGACCAUUUGACUUCGGCCACAUUUGAUGGGGCUUUGGUUUCAGGGAGGAGAGCGGUAGAAGCUUUGCUUAGAGACAGGGCUUUGGUUCGGUCCUGAGAUUUCAAUUUGAUUAAUUUAUUGGCUAAUUUCCUUCUUGUAAUUGUGCUUUCUCUAAUGUUAUUUUUAGACA